AUGAUGGAGGUCUUCAAGUGGUACAGGGGACACAACAAGGCGGCACAGUCUUGUUUGACAGCUCCCUACAGCCUGGGCACUAACAGCCUGACCACUGAGUCUGUCUACAGCCUGGGCACUAACAGCCUGACCACUGAGUCUGUCUACAGCCUGGGCACUAACAGCCUGACCACUGAGUCUGUCUACAGCCUGGGCACUAACAGCCUGACCACUGAGUCUGUCUACAGCCUGGGCACUAACAGCCUGACCACUGAGUCUGUCUACAGCCUGGGCACUAACAGCCUGACCACUGAGUCUGUCCAGUCAUGCACCACUCUGUCUGAGAACCAAUUCCUUCCUGUCUCUUUGUUAAUCCAACUUUAUCAGUAUGACGCAAGCCAGGGGUCCGGCAGUCCUUCCUUCUCCUCUGACCUCUCCCCGAGUGAGAGGGGCGCCACACCUGACCUGCCGGAGGAACAGGUGGAGGCGUACUUGGACAGACACCCUCACCUCGUCGAGAAGUGGCUGAGGGAGAGGACGCCUUUUGGGGCCUUCAGGAACAUCCGUGGCGGGCGCAGUCUCCUCUCUACGGACUCAGAGGCGAGAGAAAGCCCCACUUCCGGGACACCAACAGAGGGACAAAUACAUCUUGUGGCUAAUUAUUCUUAUCCUAGCAGAAGGAACUCCAUUAGCUCCUGGUUGUCUCCAAAGGCCAAGGCGAAGAAGGUGGAGCGUCUGACGGAGCCUGAGCUGUUCAUGGAGUUGAUCCGGGACAUAAGCACAGAGUUGGACAUUGACACCCUCUGCCACAAGAUCCUGGUCAACGUGGGUCACCUCACCAACGCGGACAGGGCCUCUCUCUUCCUCGCCCAGGGCCCCAGACACAACAGGAUGCUGGUAGCGAAAUUGUUUGAUGUUACGGUGGAUACAGUGCUGGAAGAGGCUCUCUCGAACGCCGCGGAGAAGGACAUUCUUCUACCGUGGGGCGUGGGCAUCGUGGGGCACGUCGCCAACACCAAGGAAGUCAUCAACGUGAAGGAUGCGUACCAGGAUCCCCGCUUUGACGCCAGCGUGGACAGAAGGACAGGCUACAGGACCAUGAGUGUGCUGUGUAUGCCUGUCUGUAACUACGAGGGCGAGGUGGUGGGCGUGGCGGAGAUCAUAAACAAGAAGAACGGGUCGUGUGAAUUUACGGGGCAGGAUGUGGAGGUGUUCCGCAGGUACCUCACCUUCUGCGGCAUCGGUAUACAGAACGCCCAGCUCUUUGACAUGUCCGUACGAGAAUACAAGAAAAACCAGCUGCUGCUACAACUCGCACGCGGGAUCUUUGAGGAGCAGCUGUCCCUCGAUAGACUAAUGACGAAGAUAAUGACGGAGGCGAGAGAGCUGCUGAAGUGUGAGAGGUGUUCCGUGUACCUUCUGGACCAGCAGACUGUACAAGAUAAUGAACCAAAGUUAACUGAUGAUGCCACGGACACCUUAGUCAUCAGGCAGGUGAGCUGUCUUCGAGGGACGGAGGUUGUCAGAUCACCCCAGCCCUCCUCCAGCCAGCUUGCCGCCUCCGUGCACGCCAGGCUGGCCAACUAUGUGUCCAGCACGGGCCAGACGGUGAACAUCAACAACGUCAUACAGUGGCUGGGGGCGCCCUUGGAGGACCAGGGACUAAUGACGCACAGUGUUCUCACCAUUCCAAUCUUCAACGCCUCACGCAAGAUACUCGGCGUGGCGCAGCUCAUAAACAAGGAGAGCGGGUUACAGUUUUCUGACUAUGACAUCAGCACUUUCGAGGCCUUUGCAAUAUUCUGCGGCCUAGGCAUCCAGAACACCCAGGCCUACGAGAAGGCGUGUCGUCUGAUGGCGCGGCAGCAGGUGGCGCUCGAGUGCUUGAGUUACCACGCCACAGCGGCACAAGACGACACGGAACGACUUAAGACGGCGGAAAUUCCUACAGCGGCUGUUUUCGAUUUGUACAACUUCGACUUCUGUGACAACGUGCUGACUGAUGACGAAACAUGCAAGUGUGUCAUUAGAAUGUUUAUGGACCUCCAUCUCCUCAACACUUACCACAUUCCAUACGAGGUUUUGUGUCGCUGGCUUUUGAGUGUGAAGAAAAAUUAUCGCCCAGUAAAAUACCACAACUGGAGGCAUGCUAUCACUGUGGCCCAGACGAUGUUCGCUAUGCUGAAGACUGGGAAGAUGGAGCAGUUCAUGACGGACUUGGAGAUGCUUGGUCUCCUGGUGGCCUGUCUCUGCCACGACCUUGACCACAGAGGGACAAACAACAGCUUUCAGACCAAGACAGACUCACCACUAGCCAUUCUCUACUCUACCUCGACCAUGGAGCAUCACCACUUCGACCAGUGUGUUAUGAUUCUCUCCCAAGACUCCAACAAUAUCUUCCAGUGCCUACAGCCGGAGGACUACAGGCGCGUCAUGACCUUGGUGGAGAACGCGAUCCUUAGCACAGAUAUGGCAAUGUAUUUCAAGAAGAAGAACACUUUUCUGGAACUUUCAGACAACGGGGAGUUUGACUGGCAGAGCGAGGAGAAAAAGAACUUGCUGUGUGGGAUGAUGAUGACAGCUUGUGACGUCUCAGCCAUCGCCAAGCCGUGGGAGGUGCAGCACAAGACGGCAAAACUUGUGGCCGAUGAAUUUUUUGAACAAGGAGAUUUGGAGAGACUGCAACUAAACGAACAGCCUAUUGCAAUGAUGGACAGAGAGAAGAAAGACGAACUCCCCAAAAUGCAAGUUGGUUUUAUAGAGGCCAUCUGUUUGCCUCUGUAUAAGGCGCUGUCAGAGUCCUUCCCGUGGGUGAAGCCUCUCUACGAUGGAUGUGCCAGUAACUUGUACCACUGGAAGACCUUGGCGGAGCAGGUGGACAUGGGCCUCACCUGGAUUGACCACGAGUACAUUGAUAAGCCUGUGGAGAGGAAUAACAGAGCUGUCACCAGCAAGAUAACACUGAACCCCAAACCGUCAGCUGGCUCCACGACAUCCCCCUCGCCGCCCAAGGAUGACAGCUUGGGCCGCCACAAACAAGUCAAGACGUGUAGCAAGUUGAGGGGGCGUCUGUGCGUCCUCCUGUGACAGAGAAGCUAAGCCAAUCACUGACGCCGCCUGCUGCCCGCCUCGCCACGUGAUUGGUCCAGGCCACUCAGCGAGGACAGUGGCGUUUGUUUACAUAGAGGCCACUCAGUAGGGAUAUUUUCACGGCCCCGAUAAAUGACAAAAUUUCGUGUUUUUUUUUUGUUUUCUUUUAUUUUUGUGUGUUUUUCGAUGUGUUUGUGGAAAAUAUGUUUUUAAUUGUUUUUUUUUAGGUGUUUUUUUUUCUCUCGGUUUAUAAAUGUGUGUUUUAGAUAGGUGUUUUAAAAGUGGUAUAGUGUGUGUGUGUGUGUGUGUGUGUGUGUGUGUGUGUGUGUGUGUGUACAACCUCAGUGUUAAUGUUGUUAUUGCUGUUGUUAACACUAAUAGUAAUAAUAAUACUGAUAGUAAUAGUAAUAAUGAAAAUGAAGACAAAAUAACUACUUCUACACUUAAAUAAGUAAAAAGGAGAGAGAGGCUGUGUUUAGAAGUUAGGCAUUUACUUAUAAUUGUGUGUAAUGGUUACUUACAUAGCUGUUCCAUAUAAGUAGACGGGUAGAUUACUUAAUAGAUAAAUGAUAGAAAAGUAAAAAAAAAAUAACAAAAAAUAGUGAGGUUUUUGAAUGAAAAGAAAAAAAGGAAAGGGUUUUUUUUUAAUGAGGAAAGUUGACUAGGGUUGUGAUGACAAAAUAAACAAGUGGAUUUUAAAGAGAAGAGGAAAAAGACAAAAAAAAAAAAACAAGGAAAAAAACAAAUUAAUUUUAAAAAGAAGAGGAAAAAAAUGAGAACAGGAAAAAAAAAAAGAUGAAAUUUUAAGAGGAAACUGAAUAACUUUUAAUGAGGAGAAAAAAAUAAUAUGGUUUGAGGAAAAAAAUGAAAAUAAAAAGAAAAUAAGACAAAAAUGACAAGAAGAGACAAGGACAAGAUGAUGAAGAAGGCAAAGAGAAACGUACGAUUAGUGAAAGGGGGGAUGGAGAGAAAUCGCGAUAAAUGAAAGGAUAUAUGAGAAAUGUGAUGAAAUUAAUGCAUAGGAGGAAAAAAAAAACUCGUGAAUUAAGGAGAUAGAAAAAAUCGUGAUAAAGCAAGUGAAUAAGGAAAUGAGAGAGGAGAGAGAAAAUAAGAAAUGUACGAUAAUUGAAAGGGAACGAGAGAAAAGUGAUGAAAGACGUGCAUAGGAAAAAAAAAAAACACUAACUCGUGAAUGAAGGAGAUAGGAAAGACGUGAUGAAUGAAAGGAACAGAAGGAAAAGACAUUUACAUGAUGAGAAACAGGAGAAAACGUGUGAUAAUUGAAAGGACAUAGGAUAGAAUGUGAUAAAUUUAGUGCAUAAGGAAAGAAAAACAAUUAUAGAAGGACGGAGAUGGAAAUUAUGUGAUAAAAGGAAGGGAAUGAAGGAAAAGACGAUAAUCAGAGAAGGACAGAGACAGAUAGAGAAGAUAAAAAACAGUGAAUAAGGAAACAAACAAUAACGAAUGAAGGAGAAAGAUAAAUAUGAAGAAAGAACAGAAAUAUAAGGAAAAAUAGUGAAUGAAGGAAUUGAGAGAAACUGUGAUAAGAAUGAAGAGAGAGAGAGAGAGAGAGAGAGAGAGAGAGAGAGAGAGAGAGAGAGAGAGAGAGAGAGAGAGAGAGAGAGAGAGAUGUGAUAAAUUAAGGGAAACAGGAAAGUGGUAAUAAACAAAUGAAAAACAAAAAAAAUAUAUAAUAAAAAGAGGGCAAGAGGAAAUGAGAUAAAGAAAAACAGGAAAAGAGAUACGUAAUACAAGAAUAACGAAUGAGGGAAGUGGAGGAAUAGGCAAUAAUUAAUGGAAAACUCGAAAGAAAAUGUAAUUAAAACAAAGGAGAAAAAAAUAAUUGUAGAAAAAAAGAAAUGAAAGAAAAAAAUGGAAAAAGGAAAUGAGAGAGAGAGAGAGAGAGAGAGAGAGAGAGAGAGAGAGAGAGAGAGAGAGAGAGAGAGAGAGAGAGAGAGAGAGAGAGAGAGAGAGAGAGAGAGAGAGAGAGAGAGAGAGAGAGAGAGAGAGAGAGAGAGAGAGAGAGAGAGAGAGGUAAGAAAGCAAGAAAGCAACAGAGAUCAAAUAAACACAAACAAACAAACAAACAAACACAAAAUAAACAAACAAAUUUAGUCUUGUUGUUCUUAAGCAAAACAAACAAACAAGAAACACACAAAUAACAAACAAACAAAGCAAAACACACAAAAAACACGAAGAAACGAAAACAAACAAACAAACAAACAAAA